AUGGAAAAACAAGGUCAAGGACAGGGAUUGGAGAUGGUGGUGUUAGACGACAUCAUAAACAGGUUGUUGGAUUUCGGGAAUAGUAGAGCACAAGAACAAUUCCCGCUCACUGAGGCCGAGAUCAGCCAGCUCUGCUUGGCCUCUCGCAAGAUCUUCCUCGCACAGCCCAAUCUCCUUGAGCUCCAAGGCCACCUCAAGAUCUUAGGUGACAUUCAUGGGCACUACUCUGAUCUUUUGAGGUUUUUUGAACAUGGAGGUUUCCCUCCUAAUGCCAAUUAUGUAUUUCUUGGAAAUUACGUGGAUCACAGCAAGCAAAGUCUUGAGACAAUCUGCCUUCUGCUUGCCUACAAAAUUAAGUUCCCCGAGAAUUUCUUCCUUUUACGAGGAAAUCAUGAGCGCACGUCCAUGAAUCGGAUAUGUGGAUUUUAUGAUGAAUGUAAAUGCCGCAUGACGGUUAGAGUUUGGAAGAACUUUAUUGAUUGUUUCAACUGUCUUCCAGUUGCCGCUCUCAUACAGUGCAACAUAUUAUGCAUGCAUGGUGGCCUUUCCCCCAAGUUAACAAAUUUGGAUCAAAUUAGAGGCUUGCCACGCCCAAGUGAUGUUCCAGAUUGUGGUCUGCUCCACGACUUGCUUUGGUCAGAUCCUGAUGAGGAUGUCAAAGGCUGGGAAAUGAGAGAUCGAGGUGCCUCAUCUACCUUUGGCCCAGAUACAGUGUCUAAAUUCUUGAAAAAGCAUGAUAUAGACCUUAUUUGUCGUGGCCACCAGGUUGUUGAAGAUGGGUACGAAUUCUUCGCCCAUAGACAACUGGUGACCAUAUUUUCUGCUCCCAAUUUUUGCGGUGAACGUGACAACUUUGGUGCAAUGAUGAAUGUGGAAGAAAACUUAACAUGCUCAUUUCAAGUUCUUAAAGCCGUUAAUCAAAUGGCUAAUUCAUCUGAGAAUGAUGCGGUGAUUGCUGCCACAGCACCUCCAAAAUUGCAAUAGCUCGCAUCAUUUGGUGACUUGGGCACGUAACUUGGAAAAGGAAGAUAGAAAAGACUGCUGGUAUUGAAGUUUCCGUGGCG